AUGGGUAAGAAAUCGUCAAUUAAAUCAGAGUUUACCACAAAUGAUGAUAAACUCGCAUUUGAGGACGACGUUAUACGUCUCGUGGAGCCCCACAAGCAUGUCUGGGACAUUAAAAACAUUGAUUUUAAGAACAAAUCAAAACGGCAGAACACCUUUGUCACUAUCGGAGAGACACUGAACAAAUCAGCUGAUGUGUGCAUGAAGAUUUGGGAUAACUUGCGGAGCCAAUAUUUCGCUUGUCAUCGUUCUCUGCCUUCCGGAGGUGGAGCUGAGAUCAGACCCUCAUUUCGACAUUAUAAAUCAAUGAGUUUCAUAUCCGGGACAAGUGUUAAGGCGGCUACAUUGACGAACGUGGAACCUGAAGAUGACCAAGAACUCGAGGAUAUUGGAUUUGGUAGGACACCGAGUCAGCCGAUUACAGAAAAUGCAGUAUUGGGAUCUCUUUCCUUUAGUGUAGACGCCAACAGUGUCACCGCCACUUCCAGCACUAAUACUACGAAAGAAAAAGUAGCCCCACGACCUCACGUCAAAUUCGCUGGGAAGAGAAGACUGGAACCGUUGGAGGAAGAAAUGCUAAAAUUCGUCAAGGAUGGAGGUGAUAAAAAAGAUCAAUUCGACAUAUUUGGCAAGAUGGUGGCAUCAAAGUUACGACGAAUUCAUGAAUCCGAUUCACGAUUAGAGAGUAGGUGUGAGUUCAAAAUUCACGAACUAAUUUAUGAUGCCGAAAUAGAAUUCUUGUAA